UUAUUUGACUGGAGUAAUACUACUGUGUCAAAUGAUCAUUUGCAUUAUGAUGUAAGAUGAUUUUUCUGAAAUGAACGUUUAUUUUUUGCAGAGGUCCAGGCAUCAUAGGGACUCCUUAACAACAGGUUCUCUAGAAACAACACAUAUCACGUUACUAGAAACAAAUCCUUGUUUAGUUCAGUACUGCAUGAAAGGCAGAGAAUGUGUAGUGGAAGACGAACAAGCGAGAUGCGUCUGCCAGAGACAGUGUCCUCUGCAGAAGAGGGCAGUGUGUGGCUCGGAUGGAAAAAUCUAUCCGAACCAUUGCGAGCUUCACCGAGCAGCUUGCCUCCAGAAUACUGCUCUCACGUUCAUGAGAGGAACGUAUUGCAUCAAACUGGGAAAGGGCUGGUCUCCGAUAGGGAACAGUCAACAAGAGGUAAAACAUGAGUUUCGAUCGCCAUCAAGCACUCCAGCAUCAAAACAAGAUGUCACUACGAUGGUCCCCGUCGAGAUUACAAAUGUCACGGCUAGUACGACCGAUGCGGCAUCUGAAGAGGAAACUGAUGACUUCAUUUUUUCAACAACUUCAGAAGAACCUGAGUAUAUGGAAAAUGAAAUAGACGAUAUGGAGGAACCAGAAUCUAACGAUAUUUAUUCUGAUAAAGAUGACUGCUCCAUGCAAGAAUACGAGAUUUUGAAGGAUAAUUUAUUAUUGUACAACCACGCCAGACUGAUGUCACAGGAUAAUCAUAGCAAGGAUUACUUGGUUUCCAUUAUGUUUUCCCACUAUGACAGGAAUAAUAAUGGGAACUUGGAGGCGACUGAAUUGAAUGAGAUUUCAAUUCAAGAGAGACUGGAUACGCUAAGCAAUGGAUGUUCUUUAUCCAACAUGAUUCAGUAUGAUGAUACAGAUCACGAUGGAAAAUUGAGCAUCAACGAAUUCUACGUAGCAUUCAGCAAAUUAUAUAACCCUAUUUCAGGUGUGUACGUCGUCUCCUUGGACAAAGCCCUCGAAACUAAUCACCUGUCUGCCAGAGUCGGCGAUAACGUCGAGAUAAAAUGUGACGUCACUGGAUCGCCGGUGCCGCCCAUCGUCUGGCGGAGAAAUCAAGUGGACUUAGCAUCGCUCAACGAGGAGGACGUCAGGGUUUUCGGAGACGGUAGCUUGUAUCUGACGCGGAUCCAGUUGCAGCAUGCUGGCAAUUAUACUUGCCAUGCGCAAAGGAACAAGGAUAUAGUGCAGACUCAUGUGCUCACUGUCCAUACUGUUCCGGAAGUUCACGUGACUCCAAGAAUUCAAUCGAAGAGGCCAGGGGAAGACGCAUCUAUGUUAUGCCAUGUUGCUGGGGAACCAUUUCCCAAAGUAGAAUGGUUGAAGAACGACGAACCGUUGAAAAUGGACAUUCCGAGAAAAUAUCAGAUAAUUGGGAAUGGGACUGCUUUGAAAAUGAGGAAUAUCGACUUUGCAGAUACUGGAGCAUACAUGUGCCAAGCGACAAGCAUAGGUGGCCUUACGAGGGAUAUCAGCUCUCUCGUAGUGCAGGAACAACCAACGCCAAGCUCCCCUAACGAGGAGAGGCGCUUCUUCGCUUUCCACGAUUGGGGAGUGUCCAUUUACGAGCCAUCCACGUGCCGCCUCUACCACCGCAUCCAGUCCACCGACAUCAUUCCUGGCACGCAGGAAUAUGUUUGUGGAGACAAAGGUGUGAAAUGCGAAUGGGGAAGAGCCAUCAACAUCGCUAACCGAUACGUUUACGCCAGUCAACCCAACAGAGAUAGAAUCCUGAUCAUCUCCAAAAUACAAAUGGUAGUGGUAGACGUGGUCAGUACCGAUAAGUACCCUGUGGAGCUCCACCAUGUGCCGCAUCUGGACCAAGUUUGGGUGCUCAAUUGGCGAUCGACAAAUACCACUGGAAUCAAAACCAUACAGGUUAUAAGAGAUGCUGGCCAGAAGAGGAAACAUCAUACAGUGCAUCCCGAGCCCAUAGAUGGACAAUUUGAUCUAGUUACUGGUUUGUUCAUUCCAUCACCAUCACAGGAACUAUCGCACUAUAGCUUCAAAUAUGGCUACGUGACUCACACUAAUCAGCGAGGAUUGUACAAAUUGGACUUGGUGAAUCUUAGGUACACCAGAUCGGUGGAUCUCACUCCCUACAACUGUGUACCAGCUCAAAUAAGAUUUUCUGCUUUAUAUGGCAUGGUGAUAAUGCAAUGUCUGGAACCUGUCACUGGUAGGCCCACCGGAGAGCUAAUUUUGGAUUACUUGACAGACAGUGUAAUUGCAACCAAGCCAAACCUCCCUGGAGUGCCCUAUAUAUCUCCGGAUUCAAGAAAACUUGUUACUUUAGAUAGGACGACCAGUGGUGCCACAUUGAUAGUACAGGAAAUAACACCAAAUGGUUUGACCUUCACUUUCGACGUCAAAACGAGCUUGAACAUCUCAGAUGUAACAUUUUACCCAAGCCAGUCGACCCACAGUUACGACAUAUAUGCCACUGCUCAAGACAAAGAAGGCAUUCUAUAUCUGAAUUUGCUCACAGGGAAGGUCGAGGUGAUAACUGGAGUUGGUAGAGCAGUUCCAAUGCAGCUAACCAAAUGGGGUAAUCCCAAUCGACCAAUAAGUGGUUCAGGUCUUUUUGGACAAUACAUGGUGACUCCAGCAAAUGAAGCUCUAUUCGUCAUAAAUGGUCGUUCGCGUACAGUGAAUUGUGAAAUAGGAGCUGUUUCACAUCCAAACCAAAUUGUCUGGACUAUUUUGAAAUUCCAUUAG